GUGGAUUUCUGCUAUUCCUCCAUCAUUGUUCCCAAGACUCUGGCAAACCUAGUCGUAGAAGACAGGACCAUUUCAUUUUCAGGAUGUGUAGCACAAUUCUUUUUCUUUUGUACCUUUGUGGUAGCGGAAUCCUUUUUAUUAGCUGUGAUGGCCUAUGACCGCUUUGUGGCCAUCUGCAACCCUCUGCUUUACACCAUGGCCAUGUCCCAGAAGCCCUGUGCCAUGCUGGUGGUUGGAUCAUAUGCAUGGGGGGUAGCAUGUUCCCUGAUACUUACAUGCUCUGCUAUCCAAUUGUCUUUCCAGGGUUUCAACACAAUCAAUCACUUCUUCUGUGAGUUCUCUGCAUUGCUCUCCCUGUCUUGCUCUGAUAUUUACAACAAUCAGUUGCUUCUUCUCAUUUUUGCCACCUUUAAUGAGGUCAGUACACUGGCCAUCAUUCUCACAUCUUAUGUAUUUAUCAUUGCCACCAUCCUCAAGAUGCAUUCAGCCAGUGGUCGCCGCAAAGCCUUCUCCACCUGUGCCUCCCACCUGACUGCCAUCACCAUCUUCCACGGGACCAUUCUCUUCCUCUACUGUGUUCCUAACUCCAAAAACUCCAGGCACACAGUCAAAGUGGCAUCUGUGUUUUACACAGCGGUGAUCCCUAUGGUGAAUUCCUUGAUCUACAGUCUGAGAAAUAAG